AGUAAAAGGACGCUGGAAGGGGCCCAACUUAAGGGGCCAUGGUGGCUCCUCUCUCUCUUGAAAUCUGCCUCCAAGAUCAGGGUAAUCAGGCCCCCACCUGCAGGAAGCCCUCCCCAACUGCACUUCCAAAGACUCCUAGGUCUCAGGGAGCUCCUGCCGUGGGAAAGGCCCACUUUGCCUGUGGGGCCAGGACCCAGCUGCCACGUCUGCUUCCGCCCCGGGGGCACCUCCCCUGAGAGCAUCCGCCUGCCCGCAAAUGGCCGUGGACCGAAUUCGGGAAGGCCUGAUCCUGGGGUGACUUGCUCUGUCUGGAUGUGGGCCUGGAGCCCCCACACCACCUGCCUUGUCAAGAGAGACCCCGGCUGUGCUACACAAGGCCCAGCCUGUGGGAGAGGCUCAGGAUGCUGAUCUAUAAGGCCUCCGGAGAGGAGGGGCCCCCACUGCUCCCAGAGACACCCCGAGAUGAAGAGGGUCCUGCUGCUCCUCGUCGCGCUGGCUGUAGCCGCUGGGCCAGCCCUUGCUCUCCGCUGCCACGUGUGCUCCAGCUCCACCAACUGUGAGAAGCCUCAGAACUGCGCGGCCGGCAUGCAAUACUGCAGGACCAUGACCAAGGUGGAGCCGCUGCGGGGGAACCUGGUGGAGAAGGACUGCGUGGAGUGGUGCACGCCCACGCACAGCCUCCCGGGCCAGGUCAGCAGCGGCGCCACGGCCACCCUGUGCUGUCAGGGCGACCUGUGCAACAGGAGCCUGCAGAACGGCGCCCGCGGCCCGCUCGCCGGUCCCGGCCUUGGCCUGGCGCUGGCCCUCGGCCUCCUCGCCCUCCUCGCCCUCAUCGGAGCCCCCAGCCUGUGACGCGCCCAUCCCCUGCCCCGGGCACUUCCAGGCCCCUCCCUUCCUCUCCCCGACUUAGGGAUCCCGCAGCCCGUCCCUCGCUGUGACCGGGAGGUUCUGGCACCCUGGGCUGGGGGCCGCCGCGGAGUGUCCUGCAAGCAGGGAGAGCUGAUGGCCUGGACCCCCCGCCCCCACACGGGAGGCCGUACCUCUCCGAGCAGCAGGAAGGCAGAAGCCAGAGGCGUUCUGAUCCCUUCUGAUUUUACAGUCGUUCUGUUGGGUUUCCAUUUAUUUUUCUACUUGGACCUCUGCAUGGGAAUAAAUGAUUGAAAACGGG